AUGGCGCAACACACUUUUUCGCCGUUGACCAUGGUCCUCGGCUGCUUCUUCUUCUUUUCCGCACACGUCUUCGCCGUUUCCGCCGUCCUCGGUGUCGACCUUGGCACUGAGUACAUCAAGGCCGCCCUCGUCAAGCCCGGCAUUCCUCUCGACAUCGUCCUGACCAAGGACUCUCGCCGCAAGGAAAUUUCCGCCGUCACCUUCAAGCCCCUCCAGAGCGGCCCCAAGGCCGGAGCCUACCCCGAGAGACUCUACGGCUCCGACGCCAUCGCCCUCUCGGCCCGUUUCCCCCACGAUGUCUACCCCAACCUGAAGACCCUCCUUGGCCUUUCCGCCGAUGACCCCAUUGUCCAAGAAUACGCCGCCCGCCACCCUGCGCUGCAGCUCGAGAAGAACAAGGAGCGUGGGACCGCUGCUUUCAAGAGCAAGGCCUUCACCGACGACGACGACGCAUGGCUGGUUGAGGAGCUUCUGGCCAUGGAGCUGCAGAGCAUCCAGAAGAACGCUGAAGCUGCUGCUGGAUCCGGAACCUCUGUCCGCUCCAUCGUCCUGACCAUCCCUCCCUACUUCACCAUCCAGGAGAAGCGCGCCAUCCAGACCGCCGCCGACCUUGCCGGUCUUAAGGUCCUCAGCCUCAUCAGCGACGGUCUUGCCGUUGGUCUCAACUACGCCACCUCCCGCCAGUUCCCCAACAUCAAUGAGGGAGGAAAGCCCGAGCAUCACAUCGUCUUCGAUAUGGGCGCUGGCUCCGCCAAGGCCACCGUCAUGAAGUUCCAGAGUCGCACCGUCAAGGAUACUGGCAAGUUCAACAAGACCAUCCAGGAGGUUGCCGUCAUCGGCUCCGCCUGGGACAGGACCCUGGGCGGCGACGCCCUCAACUACCUCAUUCUUGACGAUAUGGUCGCCCAGUUCGUCGAGUCCAAGGGCGGCAAGAAGAUCUCUGCCGAAGCCGACAAGGUCAAGGCUCACGGCCGGGCCAUCGCGAAGCUGCUCAAGGAGGCCGAACGCGUGCGCCACGUCCUCAGCGCCAACCAGCAGGCCGCCGCUAGCUUCGAGGGUCUCUACGAGGACGUCGACUUCAAGUACAAGCUUACCCGCGCCGACUUUGAGAAGAUGGCUGAAGGCCACGCCGCUCGUGUCGACACCGUCAUCCUGGACGCCCUCAAGACCGCCCAGCUUGAGCUCUCCGACCUGGACUCCGUCAUCCUUCACGGUGGUGCUUCCCGCACUCCCUUCGUCCAGAAGCGGUUGGAGCACGUCGUUGGAUCCGCCGAGAAGCUGCGCAGCAACGUCAACUCGGAUGAGGCCGCUGUCUUUGGUGCCGGUUUCCGCGCCGCCGAGCUCAGCCCCAGCUUCCGCGUCAAAGAGAUUCGCAUCUCCGAGGGCACAAACUAUCCUUCCGGCAUGAAGUGGACCAACAACAAGAACAAGCUUCAGCACCAGCGUCUGUGGUCCGCCGUCUCUCCCCAGGGUGGCGCGCCCAAGGAGGUCACCUUCAACAACCAUGAGGACUUCGAUGUCACCUUCUACCAGCAGGUCGGCUCCGUUGAGCAGGACACCAAGGUCCUGACCACUAAGAACCUUACCGCCUCCGUCGCCGAGCUCAAGGAGAAGUACUCCUGCGUCGACAGCGAUAUCCACUUCAAGGUCGGCGUCAAGCUGAGCGCCGAGAACGGCGAGGUCGAGGUGACCAAGGCCACUGUCGAGUGCGAGGCCGAGGCUCCUGAGAAGGAGGGCUUCGUCGACGGAGUCAAAAAUCUCUUCGGUUUCGGUAAGAAGGACCAGAAGCCCCUCGACGGUGAGGAGGACGCCGAGUCUUCAACGACCGAAUCCGAGUCUUCCACUACGGCUUCCACCAAGACCGAGACGACCUCCGCCUCGUCCUCUCCCGUUCCCAGCGAAGCCGCCGCCGAUGGCAAGGAGCCCGUCAAGAAGAAGGAGCUCGUCACCAUCAAUGUCGACUUCACUCUCGAGAAGGCCGGCCGCCCCGGGCUGUCUCGUGAGGAUCUCAUCAAGUCCAAGGACCGCCUCAAGGCCUUCGAGACCUCUGACAAGGCCCGUCGCAUGAGAGAGGAGGCCCUCAACCAGCUCGAGGGCUUCACCUACAAGGUCCGCGACCUCCUUGAGAGCGAGGCUUUCCUCGCCGCCUCCACCUCCGAGGAGCGCGCCACGCUGGAGAAGAAGAACAGCGAGGCGAGCGACUGGCUCUACGAGGGGGGCGCUGACGCGACCCGCGAAGAGCUCAAGAAGAGGUACAAGGAGCUCCACGAGCCCGUCACCAAGAUCCAGAAGAGAAGCGACGAGGCCGAGAAGCGACCCGAGCUCGUCAAGGCCCUCAAGGAGGCACUCAACUCUACCCAGUCCUUCAUCAGCACCAUCCAGAAGCAGCUCGACGAAUACGACGCGUGGCACUCGUCCGCCGGGUCCUCCACCGAUACCGCUUCAGCCACCCCCUCGAGCGACUCUGACGACCUCGAGGACGACAACGGCAGCAAGGAGCGCACGAUGGACGACGUCGUCAAGGAGAAGGGCCCCGUCCCGCCGCUGUACAAGCGCGAGGACGUCGAGGUAGUUGAGGACGUAUACGUAUCGACGACUAAGUGGCUUGAGGAGAUGGAGGCGAAGCAGGACGCCCUCGCCGCGACGGCGGACCCCGUGCUCCUCGUCAAGGACCUCCAGGCCAAGCGCGACAAACUUGACAAGGCCGGCAUGGACCUCGCCAUGAAGGGCGUCAAGAACUUUGAGAGCAAGACCAAGAAGGCCAACAGCAAGAGCGCAAAGUCCAAGAAGACAAAGCCCACCGCUUCCGCUUCUUCUGGGGAGCCUAAGGAAGAGUCCACCACCACUGUUCCCUCCCAGAGCUCGACCGUCGAGCCCGAGGCACCUGCCGGCCAGACAGUUGAGCGCCCCGAUGGCGGGAGCUAUGUCAAGUUCAGCGGCGAUGGCGGCGACACCCCGAGCGAGGCCGAGAUUGAGGAGAUUCUGAAGAAGUUUGAGCAGUCGCAGCAGGGCCAGGGCCAGGGCAGCGCGCCGGGGCACGACGAGCUCUGA